UGAGGGGAGGCGCGGUGGAGUCCACCCCGGGACCCCCCGAUGGGGGAGCAGCGGCGACGGCGGCCGUGGAGUAACCGAGCCGGAGCGUGAGCGGCCCGGACUGGGGAGGGGGCCCCCGUUUCCCUCCGCGCGGAGGCCAUGGGCGACCCGGCGCCCCCCGCCCGCAGCCUGGACGACAUCGACCUGUCCGCCCUGCGGGACCCUGCUGGGAUCUUUGAGCUGGUGGAGGUGGUUGGCAAUGGAACCUAUGGACAGGUAUACAAGGGUCGGCAUGUCAAGACAGGGCAGCUGGCUGCCAUUAAGGUUAUGGAUGUCACAGAGGAUGAGGAGGAGGAGAUCAAGCAAGAGAUCAACAUGUUGAAAAAAUACUCUCACCACCGCAACAUUGCUACCUACUAUGGGGCCUUCAUCAAGAAGAGUCCCCCUGGAAAUGAUGACCAGCUCUGGCUGGUGAUGGAGUUCUGUGGUGCUGGUUCUGUGACAGAUCUGGUGAAGAACACAAAAGGGAAUGCCCUGAAGGAGGACUGUAUUGCCUACAUCUGCAGGGAAAUUCUCCGGGGUCUGGCCCAUCUCCACGCCCACAAAGUAAUCCAUCGAGACAUCAAGGGGCAGAAUGUACUGCUGACAGAGAAUGCAGAGGUCAAGCUUGUGGAUUUUGGAGUGAGUGCACAGCUGGAUCGCACUGUGGGCAGACGUAAUACUUUCAUUGGGACCCCCUACUGGAUGGCUCCAGAGGUCAUUGCCUGUGAUGAGAAUCCUGAUGCCACCUAUGAUUACAGGAGUGACAUUUGGUCUCUAGGAAUCACAGCCAUCGAGAUGGCAGAGGGUGCCCCCCCUCUGUGUGACAUGCAUCCCAUGCGAGCCCUCUUCCUUAUCCCUCGGAACCCACCACCCAGGCUCAAGUCCAAGAAAUGGUCUAAGAAGUUUAUUGACUUCAUUGACACAUGUCUCAUCAAGACUUACCUAAGCCGCCCACCAACAGAGCAAUUGCUCAAGUUUCCCUUCAUCAGAGACCAGCCCACAGAACGACAGGUUCGCAUCCAACUUAAGGACCAUAUCGAUCGUUCCCGAAAGAAGAGAGGCGAAAAAGAGGAGACAGAAUAUGAAUACAGCGGCAGUGAAGAGGAAGAUGACAGCCAUGGAGAGGAAGGAGAGCCCAGCUCCAUUAUGAAUGUGCCUGGGGAGUCCACCCUACGCCGGGAAUUUCUCCGACUUCAGCAGGAGAAUAAGAGCAAUUCAGAAGCUUUAAAGCAGCAGCAGCAGCAGCAGCAGUUGCAGCAGCAGCGAGACCCUGAGGCCCACAUCAAACACCUCCUGCACCAGCGACAGCGGCGCAUUGAGGAGCAGAAGGAGGAACGGCGGCGUGUUGAGGAGCAACAGCGGCGGGAGCGGGAGCAGAGAAAGCUCCAGGAAAAGGAGCAGCAGCGACGGCUGGAGGACAUGCAGGCCCUAAGGCGCGAGGAGGAGAGAAGGCAGGCUGAACGGGAGCAGGUACGAGAGCAGGACUAUAUUCGUCACAGGCUAGAGGAAGAGCAGCGACAGCUCGAGAUCCUUCAGCAACAGCUGCUCCAGGAACAGGCCCUCCUGCUGGAAUACAAGCGGAAGCAGCUGGAGGAGCAGAGACAGUCAGAGCGUCUCCAGAGGCAGCUACAGCAGGAGCAUGCCUACCUCAAGUCCUUACAGCAGCAGCAGCAACAGCAGCAGCAGCAGCAGCAACAACAGCAACAGCAACUUCAGAAACAGCAACAGCAGCAGCAAAUCCUGCCUGGGGACAGGAAACCCCUGUACCAUUAUGGUCGGGGUAUAAAUCCUGCUGACAAGCCAGCCUGGGCCCGAGAGGUAGAAGAGAGAACGAGGAUGAAUAAGCAGCAGAACUCGCCCUUGGCUAAGACCAAGCCAAGCAGCACAGGACCUGAGUCCCUCAUCCCCCAGGCCUCCCUUGAACCCUCAGGCCCCCUUUCCCAAACUCCUCCUAUGCAACGGCCAGUUGAGCCCCAGGAGGGACCACAUAAGAGCCUGGUGGCACACCGGGUCCCACUGAAGCCAUAUGCAGCACCUGUACCCCGAUCCCAGUCCCUGCAGGACCAGCCUACCCGAAACCUGGCUGCCUUCCCAGCCUCCCACGACCCUGACCCUGUUCCCACACCUGCUGCCAAGCCCAGCACCCGAGGAGCUGUCAUCCGCCAGAAUUCGGACCCCACCUCUGAAGGGCCUCCUGGGCCUGGCUCCAACUCUCCAACCCCAGCCUGGGUCCGGCCAGAUAAUGAGGCCCCACCCAAGGUGCCUCAGAGGACCUCAUCUAUUGCCACUGCCCUUAACACCAGCGGGGCUGGAGUGUCCCGGCCAGCUCAAGCUGUUCGAGCCAGACCUCGCAGCAACUCCGCCUGGCAAAUCUAUCUACAAAGGCGGGCAGAGCGGGGCACCCCCAAGCCUCCAGGGGCCCCCGCUCAGCCCCCUGGCCCGCCCAACGCCUGUAGUAAUCCCGACCUCAGGAGGAGCGAUCCUGGCUGGGAGCGCUCGGAUAGUGUCCUCCCAGCCUCUCAUGGCCACCUCCCUCAGGCUGGCUCACUAGAGCGGAACCGUGUGGGAGCUUCCUCCAAACUGGACAGCUCCCCAGUACUCUCCCCUGGAAACAAAGCCAAACCUGAUGAUCACCGCUCCCGGCCAGGCAGGCCUGCAAGCUAUAAGCGAGCGAUUGGUGAGGUUAGUGCCAAUGAGCAUCUUGUGGGAACCUCUCUGUACCCGACCCUUCUUCAGCAUCCUUUGUGCCACCCCACUCUCCUCGCCCGUCCUUCCUUCAUGCAAGCUCUUUUUCUGCAGGAUUUCGUGUUGCUUAAAGAACGCACCCUAGACGAGGCUCCCAGGCCUCCAAAAAAAGCCAUGGACUAUUCCUCCUCCAGUGAGGAGGUGGAGAGCAGCGAAGACGAUGAGGAAAGCAAUGGGGAACCAUCAGAGGGGAGCAGAGAUACCCCUGGGACCCGCAGUGAUGGAGACACAGACAGCAUCAGCACCAUGGUGGUACAUGAUGUGGAGGAGAUGGCCGGGACCCAGACUCCCUACGGGGGUGGCACCAUGGUAGUCCAGCGUACCCCUGAAGAGGAGCGAAACCUGCUGCAUACUGACAGCAAUGGCUACACAAACCUUCCCGAUGUGGUGCAGCCCAGUCACUCACCCACUGAGAGUAGUAAAGGGCAGAGUCCCCCCUUGAAGGAUGGAGGUAGUGAUUACCAGUCUCGUGGACUAGUAAAGGCCCCUGCCAAGAGCUCUUUCACAAUGUUUGUGGACCUAGGGAUCUACCAGCCGGGAGGCAGUGGUGACACCAUUCCAAUCACAGCUCUUGUAAGUGGAGAAGGUAGUAGGCUUGAUCAGCUACAAUAUGAUGUAAGGAAAGGCUCUGUGGUCAAUGUGAACCCCACCAACACCCGGGCCCACAGUGAAACCCCCGAGAUUCGGAAGUACAAGAAGCGCUUCAACUCAGAGAUCCUUUGUGCAGCCCUUUGGGGGGUAAAUCUGUUGGUGGGCACAGAAAAUGGCUUAAUGUUGCUGGAUCGGAGUGGACAGGGCAAGGUGUAUGGACUCAUUGGGCGGCGACGCUUCCAGCAAAUGGAUGUACUGGAAGGACUCAACCUGCUCAUCACCAUCUCAGGGAAACGGAAUAAACUGCGGGUAUAUUACCUGUCCUGGCUACGGAACAAGAUUCUGCACAAUGAUCCAGAAGUGGAGAAGAAGCAGGGAUGGACCACUGUGGGGGAUAUGGAAGGCUGCGGGCACUACCGUGUUGUAAAAUAUGAACGUAUUAAGUUCCUUGUCAUUGCCCUUAAGAACUCUGUGGAGGUGUAUGCCUGGGCCCCCAAGCCCUACCACAAAUUUAUGGCCUUCAAGUCCUUUGCGGACCUUCCUCACCGCCCUCUACUAGUCGACCUGACAGUAGAAGAGGGACAGCGGCUCAAGGUCAUCUAUGGCUCCAGUGCUGGCUUUCAUGCUGUGGAUGUUGACUCGGGGAACAGCUAUGAUAUCUACAUCCCUGUGCAUAUCCAAAGCCAGAUCACACCCCAUGCCAUCAUCUUCCUCCCCAACACUGAUGGCAUGGAGAUGCUGCUGUGCUAUGAGGAUGAGGGUGUCUACGUUAACACAUAUGGGCGAAUCAUUAAGGAUGUGGUGCUGCAGUGGGGAGAGAUGCCCACCUCUGUGGCCUACAUCUGCUCCAACCAGAUAAUGGGUUGGGGGGAAAAAGCCAUUGAGAUCCGCUCUGUGGAGACGGGCCACCUGGAUGGGGUCUUCAUGCACAAACGAGCCCAGAGACUCAAGUUCCUGUGUGAGCGGAACGACAAGGUGUUUUUUGCCUCAGUCCGCUCUGGAGGCAGCAGCCAAGUUUACUUCAUGACUCUGAACCGUAACUGCAUCAUGAACUGGUGACGGGCCUGGGCUGAGGCUGUCCCCAUGGACUCAGCUCUCCCCUGAAGCCAGACUUCCCCAAGCUGCCCUUAUUUCCCCUCCUCGGGCUUUUGCUUUUACUGGUUUGACUCACUGGAGCCUGCUGGGAACGUGACCUCUGACCCCUGAUGCUUUCGUGAUCACAUGACCAUCCUCUUCCCCGUUAUGUUCUCUCCCCCAAACUGUGCCUGUCCCAACUUCUGGGGAGAGGCACAGGUUCCCUUCACCAGGAAUUGUGUGGGCCUAGCCCCGCCCCCCCUUUUCUCCAUUUAAGAGGAGAGCAUUUGGGGCUUGGGCCUCAUACCCCACUGCUGCUGACUGGGCAGAGCCCUGUGCCCCUUUAUUUGCACGUCAGGGGAGCCGGCUCCCCCCUUGAAUGUACCAGACCCUGGGGGGGUCACGGGGCCCAAGGUUUUAGGGGGGUCACCAGCCACUCCAGGGGCAGGGACCAUUUCCUCAUUUUCUGAAAGCACUUUAAUGAUUCCCCUCCCCCAAGCACCAGGGAAUGGAGGGGGGACCCCGCCAGCCAAAACAUUUCCCCUUUCCAACCCCUAUCUCUUCUAGUCUCUGCCCCACCCUGGUGGAGAGAGGGAGUAGGAAGCUCUCAAACUCCUUAUCCCCUUGCUUGCAUCUGUAUAUAGUGUGAGCAGCAAGUUACCCUGUCCCUCCCUGACCCCACCCUCCUCAAUGUAGUGGCCUUGGAUAUCUCUUUGUUAAUAAAGACAAUUCAACCAGCUUCCACCA